AUGAUCAGCGCGCUGUUCCUCAUCAGCCAGAAGGGCGAGGUCGUGCUCAACCGGUUCUACCGCGACGAUGUGAGUCGACGCGCGGCUGACAACUUCCGGCUGCAGGUGAUCGCGGCCAAGGAGACGGGCACGCUGCCGCCCGUCAAGGUCAUCGACGGCUGCUCGUUCCUCUACACGCGCCACGAAAACUUGUACCUCGUGGCCGUCUCGCGCGCCAACAUCAACGCCGCGCUGGUCUUCCAGUUCCUCUACCAGCUCAACGUCAUCUUCAAAGAGUAUUUUGGCAAGAAGUACAACGAGGAGACCAUCCGAGACAACUUCACGCUCGUGUACGAGCUGCUGGACGAGACCAUGGACCACGGCUACCCGCAGAACUGCUCCAGCGACGUGCUCAAGCUGUUUAUCAACCUCGGGUCCUCUCUGGCGACCCCGGAGAACCCCGGUGGAGCUCCUCCCUCGCAGUUGACGUCCCAAAUCACCGGCGCUAUCGACUGGCGUCGUGAGGGUAUCCGGUACAAGAGGAACGAAGUGUACCUGGACGUGUUUGAGAGCGUCAACUUGCUCAUGUCCUCGACGGGCACGGUGCUGCGCAACGAAGUGGCGGGCCAAGUGGUCAUGAAGACGCUACUGACGGGCAUGCCCGAGUGCAAGCUCGGACUCAACGACAAACUCACGAUGCAGAAGGGUGACGCCCCCUCCGCCAAGGUGGCGGGUCAAAAGCGCGGCUCUCGUGAGGUCGAGAUCGACGACUGCACCUUCCACCGCUGCGUGCGUCUCGGCAAGUUCGACGCCGAUCGUACCAUCACUUUCAUCCCGCCGGACGGAGAGUUCGAGCUCAUGAAGUACCGCGUGACGGAGAAUAUCAACCUGCCCUUCAAGAUCAUGCCGGCGUACCAGGAGCAGGGCACGACUCGACUCUCGGUGACGCUGAAGCUGGCCUCACUUUUCAGCCCGCGGAUGUUUGCCACCAACGUCGUCAUCAAAAUCCCGACACCUCCGAACACUGCCCGAGCUCGGAUUAACGUUCCCAUCGGCAGGGCGAAGCACGAGCCCGAAAACCACGCGAUCGUGUGGCGUAUUCGCAAGUUCCAGGGUAAACUGGAGCGGAUGCUGGACGCAGAGGUCGAAAUGAUGAAGGGCACAAAAGAGAAGCUGUGGUCGCGCCCACCCCUCCAGAUCGAGUUCCAGGUGCCCAUGUUCACGUCGUCGGGACUGCACGUGCGGUUCCUCAAGGUUUUCGAGAAGAGCUCCUACCCGACGACGAAGUGGGUUCGCUACGUCACGCGUGCGGGCCAGUAUCAGCUACGCAUUUAA